AUGCAAUCGUCAUCCUCGGCGUCACUACUGCUACUUAUAUUAAACCCUAGUAAGCACAUCCAUCGCCCACUCGCUCUCCUUGUUUUUAUCAAUGGCGAAUGCAGCAGAGGGGCGACGACAAGUAUUGGAAUCAGUCUACUCGGUCAUUGCACUUGUAUUCAUACUAGUGGCCUGUGUGGAGCUUUGCGAUGCAUCUACCGUCGUCGACGUUUAUCGUCUCAUACAGUAUGAUAUCUCCGGUGUUCCUUUUGGAUCUCGUGUCGCAUCCCUUAAUCAUCAUGCCGGUUCUUCUCUCUUUGCUCCUGGUUCCGAUCUCUCCCGUACUGUUGUCAUCCUUCCCCUACGUGAAUUGAACGAAACAUUCAUUCGAGAAUAUAUUGAACAGGGAAAGCCUUUAGGGGGCUUGCUACUUCUACUUCCACGAAUAUUUCGUUCUGAGAACAGUGAGACUGUUGGUGGAUAUGGUGAUAGUUCUGAUAAGGAGAAUAUGAAGAAACUUUUAGUGGAUUUAGAGCGGAAGCUAAUACAUGUCAAUAUCAAUUAUCCUGUGUAUUUUGCUUUUGAAGAUGAAGAUUUAGAUACAGUGUUAGCAGACAUCAAGAGAAAUGAUGCAGCUGGUCAGCCUGCAACUGCAACUACUGGCGGAUACAAGCUUAUUGUCACAUCACCAACUCCUAAGAAACUUGCAUCUCCCACAAUCACAAACAUCCAGGGAUGGUUACCUGGAUUGAAAGCUGAUGGAGACUCAAACCAACUUCCAACUAUUGCCAUUGUGGCAUCAUAUGACACAUUUGGGGCAGCUCCGGCAUUAUCUGUUGGAAGUGAUAGCAAUGGCAGUGGUGUUGUGGCACUUCUUGAAAUUGCUAGAUUAUUUUCUAUUUUAUAUUCCAAUCCUAACACAAGGGGAAGGUAUAAUAUACUCUUUGGCCUGACAUCUGGUGGGCCUUACAACUACAAUGGAACUCAGAAGUGGCUCCGGAGUUUUGAUCAGCGGUUGCGAGAAAGUAUUGAUUAUGCUAUCUGCCUGAAUAGUCUUGGCUCAGGGGAAAAAAGGUUAUGGGUUCAUGUUUCUAAACCUCCAGAGAAUGCAUAUGUGAAGCAAAUUUAUGAAGGUCUAUCCGAUGUAGCAGAGGAAUUGGGGCUUGAAGUUGGGCUAAAGCACAAAAAAAUAAAUGUUUCCAAUUCCCGAGUAGCUUGGGAGCAUGAACAGUUUUCAAGGUUACGAGUUACUGCAGCGACACUCUCUGGGCUUUCUGUUGCACCAAACUUGCUUGAAAAUGCCGGAGGUCUAGCUGAUAACAGAGAGUUUGUCAGCGAAGCUGCAGUUGUGCAGAGUGUAAAAUUGGUUGCCGAGAGUUUAGCGAGACAUAUUUAUGGACAGCAAGGAAGGGACGUCAAUAUAUUCGCAGACAACAGUAGUUUGGCUGUCAAUCCUUCUUACAUGCGUUCAUGGCUUGACCUUUUAUCAAGAACACCUCGAGUGGCACCAUUUCUCUCAAAGGACAAUGCAUUCAUCUUGGCAUUGAAAAAGGAAUUAGCAGAACAUGUGGUAGAGGUGAAUUUGCAACAUGAUGUUCUUGAUGGGAUGUUCACCUUUUAUGAUUCAACUGUCAAUACACUGCAGAUUUAUCAGGUGGCCAGUGUAACAUUCGACUUGCUUUUGCUACUAGUUCUUGGAUCAUAUUUGAUCACCCUUUUCAGUUUCCUCGUGAUAACUACCAGGGGUGUCGAUGAUCUCAUCAGUCUCUUUCGUCGUCCUCCAUCUCGCAAAGUGAAGUCUGUUUGAUGAUGAAACAUGAUGCCAUCAUGCCCAAAAACUUUGCAGCUCUGCGUAACUUAUUGGUUCUAAGCUCUAACUGCAGAGAGAUUAGAUGUGCUAUUCAUGAAUUAUGAUGGUCUCUUGUAGCUUUACUUGUAGUUACUGAGGAUUACUUUUCGUUAUAAAUCACAAACUUGCCGAAAAUUUUGGUGAUGUUUUUAC